AUGGGCAACAACAAGAAGGGACCGAAGAAGGCUGCGGGUGGCGCCAAGCCCGCGCCGGCGACGGCCAAGCCUGUCCAUGCCAAGAAGCAGGAUGCGCCCAAGGGUAAGCCGCAGCAGAAGCCCGCGCAGCCCAAGGGUCAGCCGCAGCAGAAGCCCGCGCAGCCCAAGGUCCAGCUGCAGCAGAAGUCCGCGCAGCCCAAGGGAAAGCCGCAGCAGCAGCAGGCCCAGCCCAAGACCCAGCAAAAGACACACGAGAAGAAGGGUGCUGCGACGCCGAACGCAAAGCAGGGCAAGCCAACGACGCCAGUGGCCAAGUCGGGCAAGAAGGGUCACAUUGUUGUCGAGGCCGAAGACACGCAGCCCAACGAAAAGCUCGCGCUCAUGCUCAAGAACAUGAAGGACAACGCCGUCGCGUGGCACUUGGCCGUCAAGCCGCUCUCGGCGAGCAAGGCGACAAACGAUGCGCCCAAGUACAAGCCCAACGACCCGAUUGUUGAGGAGAAGCGCAAGCUGGCCGAGUCGGCCAUGGAGAAGCAGCUUAAGGCGCUCGAGUCCAAGGGCAGCCUCUCGAGCGACGACAAGUACCUCAAGACGAUGAUGAAGUCCGGUACGUUGGCCGAUCGAAUCGCUGCAACGACGCUCGCGAUCCAGGGGUCGCCGAUCCACAACCUCCAGCGCCUCAGCCAGCUCGUGACGAUGGCUAAGAACAAGUCGCGCCGCGAGUCGCAAAUGGCCGUCGACUCGCUCAAGGAUCUCUUCCUCAACAACCUCCUUCCCGACCGUAAGCUCCAUUUCUUCCACCAGCAGCCGCUGCACCGCCCCGACGCGACCUUGCAGCACCUCGUCAUCUGGUACUUUGAGCACUGCAUCAAGAUGGCCUUCUCGCAGCUCAUCGCGGUGCUCUCCAACGGCAUGAACGACGCCAUCGACGUGCACAAGCGCGCGUGCAUCCGCGCCGUCGUUGCGCUCCUCACGGAAAAGCCCGAGCAAGAAGCGGUCUUGCUCUCGAUGCUGGUCAACAAGCUCGGCGAUCCCGAGCGCAAGAUCGCGGCCUACGUGCUGCACCAGCUCCAGGAGCUGCUCAAGACGCACCCGGUCAUGAAGCGCGUUGUCGUGUCGGACGUCGAGCGGCUCUUGACGCGCACCAAGGUCACGGAGCGCACCAAGUACAACGCCGUGCUCUUCUUGAACCAGCUGUAUCUGGACGCCAAGGACAAGACGCUGGCGACCCACCUCAUUAAGGUCUACUUUGGCCUCUUCACAAAGGAAGUUCACCGCACGGGCUCGGAAGCCGGUGGUCUCGAGCGCAAGCUCCUCUCGGCGCUGCUUGUCGGCGUCAACCGCUCGUUCCCGUACGCCGAGUGCACGUCGGCGGACUUUCAGUCGGAGAUCGACACCAUGUUCCGCGUGGUCCACACGGCGCAUUUUAGCACAAGUGUCCAAGCGCUCAUGCUGCUCUUCCAAGUCAUGAACUCGACCACCUCGGUGCCCGACCGCUUCUACACGGCCUUGUACGCCAAGCUCUUGGACCCCAAGCUCCCGACGACCUCCAAGCACACCAUGUUUUUGAACGUCCUCUUCCGCGCCAUGAAGUCGGACGUCUCGCCCGCGCGCGUCAAUGCGAUGAUCAAGCGCCUCCUGCAAGUCGCCUAUACGAUGGCGCCGGCCUUUGCGUGUGCUUCGCUCUACCUCGUGUCGCAGGUCAUGGCCCACAACCCGCGCCUCCGCGGUAUGAUCGACAUGGCCGAAGCCAGCGAUGUGAGCGUCGUGGCCACCGACGCGACGGCCGUCACCAAGGCUACCAAUGACGACGAUGACGAAGAUGAAGAGACGGCGUCGGACGACAAUGCGACUGAAAAUGUCCCAGAAGAAGACGACGCCGACUUGGCGGCGGAGCGGGAUCGCUCGGCGGCACUGCUUGCGGCCAUGGGGCUCGACGGCGCGGACGCGGUGGCCGAGCGCCAGACCACGUCGCAGGCCGGUGUCGCGACGGUGUACGACGCCAAGAAGCGCAACCCGUUGUACGCCGGCGCGGACAAUGCGUGCCUCUGGGAGCUGCAGCCGUUCCUGCAGCACUACCACCCGUCCGUGGCCACGUUUGCCAAGCAGCUGCUCGAGGGCCAGAUCGUCUACAGCGGCGACCCGCUCACGGACUUCACGCUCACAACCUUCUUUGACAAGUUUGUCAACAAGAAGCCCAAGGCCAAAGACGGGCCGCACCAGCGUGGCGUCGCGGCGCCGUCGGCGAUGGCCAGCAUGUACUCGGAGGAGUUCCAAAACCAAGACGAAGGCAACGUCGAGGAGAGCGACAAGUUCUUCUACACGUUCUUCAAGGAGCGUCUCAAGCGCAAGCCCAAGAAGGCCAAGAAGGAGCCCAAGGACGGCGACGCCUCGGAAGACGACGAGUACGAGGCCUUUGCCACGCAGUUGGCCGAGGGGCUUAUGCAAGACAACGAUGACGAAGACGUCGACAUGGACGACUGGAGCGGGCCGGAGGACAGCGAGGACGACGAGGACGCGGAGGACGCGGACCCGAGCGAGCUCCUCGCGAAUGAGUUCCCCGACUCGGACUCGGACGCGUCGGAAGUUGAUGACGAAGAGCUGCUCAUGACCAACGGCCACUCGCUCGCCGACGACGCCGACGACUUUAUGGACGACGACGAUGACGAGGACGAUGACGAGGACGAUGACAUGGACGAUGACGAGGAUGACGAGGAUGACGAGGAUGACAUGGUAUUCCAAGAAGACAAGACGGCCAAAUUUGCUGCCAAGUCCAAGAAGGGCGCGGCGCCGGACCGAAAGCGCAAGUCGCCGUUCGCGUCCGCGGACGACUACCUCGAUCAGAUUGCCGAGCUCGAGGCCACUGCGCGGUCGUCCAAGUCCAAAAAGCCCCGCAAGUAAAUCUCCUAAUCACUACUACACUAUAUAAU